ACGCCGACGUCGACGGGAAAACGUGAACGUUAUCCUUGUUGAGAGUUUCGCAAUAUAUUUUUAUUGCAGCAGUCUCAUCGAAAGCGUCGAAGCAACUCGCAGCAAAUCGCAUCGAACACCCGAUAAAUCGGCGGCUGCUGCUUCCACGAAUGUGCGUUCCAUACCUACACACAUUCAACGAAACCCACCUAAAACUGAACUGCAACAACCAAAAUAUAAUCUAGACCUAAACUCAACUAAGUAAACGAACUAAAACUAAAAUUGAAGCCAGAAGCUGUUACAACUUUUACUAUUACCAAAAGUUAGACCAAAACAUUUAGAGAGAAAGAGAGAGCGAGAGAAAUAAAGCACACGAAACGCCAAGGAUAAGGACAUUAGGACACCAAAAUGAACGACAGUCGACGGAACACGGCCACGGAAUUCAGUUAUAUACUGCAGCGCCAGGGCAGCGAUGUCUCCGUUGCCGAGGCGUAUGCAUUCGAUGACUUCAACAAUUUAAUGAAGAACAACCAUCAGACACAUCAGCAACAGGGCCAACAGCAGCAGCAGCAGCAGCAGCAGCAGCAACAUCCUUCGCAGCAGCUACAGCAGCAACAGCAUCAUCAUCAUCCUUCGCAGCAGCCACAGCAGGAUGCCGGGCUGGGUGACACGUUGUCCUCGCUGCCACAGGCCUCGUUCAACUACAUCAACUCCAUUGUGGGCAGCGGCGUCAUCGGCAUACCCUACGCCCUCCACCGCGCCGGCUUUGGCCUCGGCCUGGCCCUGCUCAUCCUGGUGGCCUACAUCACCGACUAUUCGCUCAUCCUCAUGGUCAGAUGCGGUCACAUCUGCGGACGGUUCAGCUAUCCGGGCAUCAUGGAGGCGGCCUACGGAAAAUAUGGUUACUACCUGCUCUCGCUCCUGCAGUUCAUGUAUCCCUUCCUGGCCAUGAUUUCCUACAACGUUGUCGUGGGCGAUACUUUGUCCAAGGUGCUGGUCCGCUUCUUUCCAUCCUGGGGCGGUUCCAUGGGCGCCGUCCGGCUGGGCGUGGUCUUCUUUGUGAAUGUGGGCGUGGUGAUGCCCCUGUGUCUCUACAAGAAUGUCUCCCGGCUGGCCAGAGCCAGCUUCGUUAGCCUGGCCUGUGUGGUCUUUAUCCUGUUUGCGGUCAUCAUCAAGCUCAUGUCGGGCGAUUACAAAGUAACGGACACGGCGGAGUCCUGGCGCUUUGCUAACUCGGAUCUUAUCCCAGCCACGGGCAUCAUGGUCUUUGCUUUCAUGUGUCAUCACAAUACCUUCCUCGUUUAUCAAUCGAUGCGCGAGGCGACCAUGGAACGCUGGGAGAAGGUCACCCACAUCUCGAUUGGAUUCGCCUGGACGGUGGCGGCCCUAUUCGGCAUCGCCGGCUACUCAACCUUCCGCGCCUUAUCCCAAGGUGACCUGCUGGAGAACUACUGCUGGGAUGACGACCUGAUGAACUUCUCGCGUGUUCUCUUCUCCGUAUCCAUACUGCUGACCUUCCCCAUCGAGUGUUUCGUUUCCCGGGAGAUUGUGCGCGCCCUUGUCCAUCGAUUUGUGCUAAAGGAGCCCAUCAGUGAGUUUACCCAGGACAAGGACCCCAGCCUGGAGAAGGGCGCCGAGAUCGAUGAGUACUCGAAAGCCAUUACCAUGGCCAUCGUGUUCAGCGCCUUUGUCAUCUCUCCCAUGACCGACUGCCUGGGCUCAGUGCUGGAACUGAAUGGUCUCCUGGCUGCCAUCCCUCUGGCGUACAUCCUGCCCGGUCUGGCCUACAUCCAAAUGGAACCGCACGCCCUGCUGAGCCGCGAGAAGCUGCCCGCUUUGGGUCUGGUGGUCUUUGGUGCCCUGGUGACCAUCCUGGGGGCGGCAGUGCUCCUGCCAGGACUAAUGGGCGGCGAUUGCCGAGCGGAUAUCGUGAUGGGCUACUGCCGGCAGGAGUUCCAGAAUGCCACAGCCACCGCCGCCAACUAAGGAAUCGAAGUCCGGAAGGGAACAACGGCCAAGGAACGGAAGUAGAACCCAAGAAAGUCCUUGGGUUGCAGGGCUGGGAAUUCCCUCGUUUUCUUUCUCUUUUGUUUUUUGUUUUUGGGUUUUUUUCCAUUUCGACAUUAAAUUUUUGAUUUCUGCACCGCAUCGCAUCGAAGGAAACGUGUGUACCUGAGUCCCAGACGUUCAAAGUGUCUGCGUAAGUAAGUAGUAGGUGGUACUGGGAGCUAGUACAAGGUACUAGUGCCUGUGUGCUCGAGUGCCAGGAAGGUGAUACGGGCGAACCUCAGUACAAAGGCCGGGCAUCGGAUCGGAUCAGUGUUAGAUCAUACAUACUAUAUACACAUACAUAUAUAUAUGCACCGGAUAUAUAGAUGUUUAUUUUCCCCGUACAGAGUUUUGCAGUAGUGAAAGUUCCUCAAUAAAUGUGUACUUUUUGAUGCCAUUCCAUCGCAUAUGAAAAAAUCAAGAUCAAGAAUUGAAAUGAAACCAAAACUAGAACCUAGAUGUUAUCCGUAGCUUUAGCGUAGUCUGGAAACUAUUUGGGCACCAAUAUACACAUGCAAUCCUUAACGAAGGCCCCCUGACCCCCUCCAGUUGUGAGGCAAAAUCAAAAAACAAGUAUUAUACCGACAAAAACAACAACUAUUUGUAACUAUGUAUGUAUGUAAUAUGUAUAUCUAUGCCAUGACGUCGUUACCGGAUCAUAUUUCAAAGUUUUAUAUAAGUAUAUAUAUAUAUAUACAUAUAUACACAAGAGUAGACAAUUGCUUAGCUCCCCCAAAGAGAAGAUGUCGUCGCUUAAAAUCAAAACCAACAAAAACUACCAGAAAAUCAAAGCAAAUGUCGAGCGAAACAUCAAAUACUUUCCCCCACUUGAGAACACAUCGAUUUGAAAACAACAGUUUUGAGUUGUUAAAACGGCACUGAAUUCUUUUUAUGGAUUUUGUAUAUUAUACACAAAGAUAUAUUUUUGUAAAACCCUUGAUUUAUAUAUAUA